AUGGAAGAAAAUGAGGAUUAUGUGAGCCAGGCAGAGGCGAUCACGAAGAUUGCUUCCUGCCCUUGGUACUGUUCGCCGUCCAUGUGCCAUGUGUUACAUCCUCCCAUCGAUUCAAACAAGACGCCGAUAGUCUGGGUGUUAGGGGGACCAGGUUCCGGGAAGGGAACGCAAUGCGAGAAGAUCAUCGCCAAGUACGGCUUCACUCACCUCUCCACCGGCGACCUUCUGCGGGCAGAGGUGAAGAGUGGUUCAGAGAGAGCGAAGACCCUCACCGCUAUUAUGGAACGGGGUGAGCUGGUUCCAAAUGAUGUAGUCUUGGAUUUGCUCAAGGAAGCGAUGGUCGCUAAGGCGGGAGAGGCUAAAGGUUUCCUCAUAGACGGCUACCCGAGAGAGAAGUCUCAAGGUAUCGCCUUUGAAAGCGCCAUCGCUCCUGUUACUGUGAUAAUAUACUUCGAAGCGUCCCCCGAGACCUUGACCAAGAGGCUGCUGGGUCGCGCGGUGAGCUCGGGCCGCGCUGAUGACAACGAGGACACCAUCAAGCUACGACUCAAGACCUUCCUUGAAAACAACGACCAGGUACUGGCGCAGUACCCUGACAAACUGAGAAGGGUGAGUGUUAAGAAUUCAGAACAUAGCUAUGACUUUUUCAUGUAUUUGUAUUAUGUGCGUUGUGCUUUGUAUUACAUAAACGCGGAAGACUCAGUGGACGCGAUCUUCAACCAGGUGGUGGAGAUCCUGGACCCGCUGGUGGCUUGA